AUGGCCGACGCAAAGCUCUUCACCCGUGGCAAGAUUGCCGACCUGCGCGAUGAGCUGCGCAACUCGGGAGACAAAAAGGACAAGGGCUUUGCACGCAAGAAGACGGCGCUCAAGAAGAUUGUUGCCAACAUGACCAUGGGCAAUGACAUGUCGCCCCUGUUCCCCGACAUGGUGCAGUGCAUGCAGAUUCAGGUCCUGGAGAUCAAGAAGAUGGUGUACCUCUACCUCGUCAACUACGGCCGGUCGCGGCCAGAAGACGUCGCGCACGCCCUGGGUGGCUUCCUCUCGGACUGCGCGGACCGUAACCCCCUCAUCCGUGGUCUUGCGAUCCGAACCAUGUCCUCUAUCCCGUUGCCAAAUGUGAUCCAGUCACUGGUGGACCCGCUACGACAUGCCCUCGAGGACCAGGAUCCGUACGUGCGCAAGACGGCAGCCAUUGCGGUCGCCAAGCUCUACGCGAGCGACUAUGGCAAGAAGACGAUUGAGCGCGAAAACUUUGUGGCCAUGCUCCGCGACUUGCUGGCAGACCACAACCCGACUGUGGUCGCGAAUGCCGUUGCCGCGUUGGUGGAGAUCUCGGACCGGUCCACGGACAUUACCCUCCGCCUCAACGCGACUGUUGCGGGCAAGCUCGUUGCCGCCUUGGGAGAGUGUUCCGAGUGGGGUCAGAUCUACAUUCUCGACUCGCUCCUGAGCUUUAUCCCGCAGACGACGCUCGACGCCGAGACGCUCGCGGAGCGUAUUUCCGUUCGCCUGCAGCACGCCAACUCGGCCGUGGUGCUCACGACCAUCAAGGUGAUCCUCUACCUCAUGAACUACAUGGAGGACGAGAGCCUCAUCCGCGUGCUCGAGCGCAAGAUGGGCCCCCCGCUUGUGACUUUGCUGUCGAGCGGAUCCGAGGUGCAAUAUGUGGGCCUGCGCAACAUUCUGCUCAUCAUCCAGCGCCGCCCGGCUAUUCUCCAGAACGAGGUCAAGGUCUUCUUCUGCAAGUACAACGACCCCAUCUACGUCAAGCUCGCCAAGCUCGAGAUCAUGUACCGCCUCACGCGCGAGGAGAAUGUCACUGAGGUCCUUGCCGAGCUCAAGGAGUAUGCGUCCGAGGUUGACGUCGACUUUGUGCGCAAGGCCGUCCGCUCGAUCGGCCGUCUGGCCAUCAAGAUCUCCGCCGCCUCGGACCAGUGUGUCAUGGCUCUUCUGGACCUCAUGAAGACCAAGAUCUCGUAUGUGGUCCAGGAGGCCAUUGUUGUGAUCAAGGACAUUUUCCGCCGUUACCCCAACCAGUACGAGAGUGUCAUUGGCACGCUGUGCGAAAACCUCGACGUCCUCGACGAGCCCGAGGCCAAGGCAGCCAUGAUCUGGAUCUUGGGCCAGUAUGCCGACCGUAUCGAAAACUCGGACGAGUUGCUGGACGAUUUCAUGUUUUCGUUCCGCGAGGAGCCGGCGGAGGUCCAGCUCGCCCUCCUCACCGCUACUGUCAAGCUCUUCAUCCGUCGCCCAACCGCAGCAACAGAACUGCUCCCCAAGGUGCUCAAGCUCGCGACCGAGGAGGCCGAGAACCCCGACCUGAGAGACCGUGGUUUCAUGUACUGGCGUCUGCUCACGUCCAACCCGGCCGCCGCGCGCGACAUUGUCCUCACCGACAAGCCUGUCAUUUCGACGGAGACCGACCGCAUGGACAAGGGCAUGCUCGACCAGCUGUUGAUGCACACCGGUACCCUGGGAAGCAUCUACCACAAGAACCCCGAGACGUUCAUCCGUACCGCCAAGCCGCGGUACUUGCCCGACUCGCCAGCUCUCAACUCGUCUUCGCGCAGGCACCUCGUCUCGGCUCGCGGUCUGAACUUUACGCCGCGCACAGCCUCGUCUUCCGGUGGUGGUGGUGGUGGUGGUGGUGGCGGCGCGUCCUCGUCUGCGCCCAACAUGCCCCCUCGCCCGGCGGCGUCCAACGGCAACGACAACGGUGCGGCCCGCGGCGGCUCGUCGCAGCCCACAUCGCCGAUUUCGCCAGACGACCCGUACUCUGCCCUCGGCGACCUCGACCUCCUUGGUGGCGGCGGAUACAGUAACGAUGCGCCGAAGCCUCGUGGCGCGGGUGCCCAGGAUGACCUGUUGUUUUAG